ACUCAACUCAAGGGAUCUAAAAUCUAGGGCAGCUCCUUUCACUUCAUGAUUGAUUAUAGAGACGGAAAGUACGCAGUGUCAAAAAAUGUUUUUUUCGGAUUCCUUGCCUUUAGUUCAGCAUUUUCUUCAAGUUUUUUUUUUGUAAAUAAUUUUAUAGUGGAACUUCAUUUCAAUCCAUACCUAACUCAUGCCAAUUUAACGGACUCUAGCCGAGGCUCUUAAUUAUCCCGACCUUGAUAGUAUACUUUCUGAAAAAAGUUUCGAGAGGGUCUGCGCCGCGACCCCACCUUUUUCUUAAAUUUUGCUGCUAGGGGCUGAAGCGUCGUUCUCGCUUACUGAGCCAGAAGAAAAAGGGCUCAAACACCGAACGGCGCUCCCCCGCUGAGUCAGCACCCUGCCGGCCGGCCACACCUGAGCUGCUCGCCAUGUCAUCGGCGGCGGCGGCCCCCAGCCGGCCCGCGGGCGGCCUCUCACUCACCGAGAACACCGAGAACUACAUCCUGGUCGACAUCGGCGCCAACCUCACCAGCAAGAAGUACUCGCGCGACCUCGACUCGGUGGUGCAGCGCGCCAAUAACGCCGGCGUGCAGAAGAUAAUGGUGACGGGUACCAGCGUUCAGGGCAGCCGUGACGCGCUGCGACUGACACGACUCUAUCCCAGCGUGCUAUACUGCACCGUCGGGGUGCACCCGCACGACGCCAAGUCGUGGACCGAGGAGACGGAGGGCGAGCUCAGGGAGCUGGCCGCCAACCCAGAGUGUGUGGCCAUCGGCGAGUGCGGGCUCGACUUCAACCGCAACUUUUCGCCGCCGGACGUGCAGCUCGACGUGUUUCAGAAACAGGUGGCGCUGGCCUGUGAACUGCAGAAGCCGCUGUUUGUCCACGAGCGAGAGGCGCACUCGGAGCUGGUCUCCAUCCUGGAGUCGUUCGGCAAGCGCCUGCCGCCCACGGUGAUCCACUGUUUCACGGGCAGCGCCGAGCACGCCGCCAAGUACCUGCAGAUGGGAUUCUACAUCGGACUGACCGGUUACGUGUGGAAGGACAAGUCGGAGGACGGCGUGCGCCGCAUGCUGGAGGACCAGACGAUCCCCCUGGACCGGCUGCUGCUCGAGACCGACUCGCCGUUCAUGUUCCCGAACGUGCGCGCCGCCAAGGUGGCCCAGCACGUCAAGGACCGGCUCUCCGAACGAGCGCUGCAGUUUCUGCACCGGUACUGCACGUUCCAGCGCAACGAGCCCUGCUCGCUGGCGGCCAGCGCCGAGAUGAUCGCCGCCUAUAUGGGUCACUCCGUCUACGACGUGGCCAUGAAGACCACCUACAACGCCGUCAAACUGUUCGGCCUCAGUGGCUAGCGGCAACACCCACCCGUUCGAGAGUCAAUCGACUGUAUCGACGUGCAACGAAACGAAUGCGGGGUCCGGAAGGCCCCGCUGCGGCGGCUCCCAGGAGGCGGUGCGUUUGUGUGGCCCGCCCCUGCCGCUCGGCUCGAAGGCGCCGGUCCCCGGCCGGGCCCGGCGGCCUGCCUGUCGACUGCGAAGCGCCGCGACUCCGUGGCAUAAUCCCCCGUCCCAGCUGUUGGAGCUACGUGUGAGGUUUGAGUAAGUACCCACGCCCUCUCUCACUUUACCUCACGCCUCUUGAGAUCUUCACUCUGCUUUUCUCGCGCCGAGCCUUAUAGCGAACUGCAGCUGAAUCGUUCUGGUCACCAGCAGCUCUGGUGCGAUUUACGAGCACAUAUCCCGGAGGUCCUGGGACACACUUAUAAUACACUGCGCGGGUACCGAGAGUUGACACAGCUACUGCUCUUCCAUUGCGGUCGGCGUGCUGCCGAUCACUCGUUCCAGCUCCUCACCAUGAGUUACUAAGCCGACUGUGCAGCUUUCUGUUUUCGUAGCGUCCCGUCGAGGCGUGUUGAUUUGCUGUCCCGACUGGGGCGGCCGUUGGUCGUUGUCUUGUCAGUCGCUUUGACAAUCGCUGCUCACAGUGGCAAUGAGAUUUUACUGGUGCUGCUUGUAUUUAUUUACGAGCAAAGUUUUACAGAGUGAGCGCCCGGCGCGACGGAUUUUAUGCAACAUAGGUUUAUAGAGCGCCGAGCGGAGCUGUAGAUCUGCUUUGCUAUGUUUUUAGAUCGGCGCUUGUAGGGCCAAGCUUGCGGCCUUGGCUCUCCAGACGCCUUCUAUAUCGAUAGACGAACGGUGCCAAAGAGUCGGUGUGGGUGCGCGCGUGUGGUGUGCUCUGUCGGCUGGUGCGGCGCCGACGCUCUCUCAUGUGAUACCAUGUGCCUCAUAUUCCGGCGACAAUACACGGAGAUGAACCGGAAAGAACA